GCCUCCACCCAGAGCUUGACCUCCAACCUAAUCUCGUUGACUCUCUGGGAGAUGCAUGGCUGGCAAGUGGACAUCUUGCAGCAUCAAGAAAUUAAAGGAUGCCGAGAGGAGGAACGCGCACGCGGCGCGGCGCACAAGCAACCAAUUCGCCCAAAACCAAGCCAAAAACACCUCCCGUCGCAUCACGCCCUGCCUUCUCCAUCCUUCACUUUCCAAGCUUUAUUUAUUUUUUAUUUAUUUUUUGGAAAAGGGAAGCUUUAUUUGGCCACAGAUGAACACAAGCGGUUGACUUGUCACAUCUCUCGCUCAUACGAUCCGAUCCGUUCGUGGUUGGGCGAGUUGACGUAGCACGCUAGCUGCUGGCUGUUCUGUCACUUGUUGCUGCUUGUUGGGGGCAUUUCACUGGCUAGCUGCUACGAUUCUCCGGCUUCGAUCAAGCUUCCUGCCAUGGUCAACAUCUCCGACAUGGUCAUCUAUCCGACGCCCCUUUGAAUUUGACAGGAUCUUGCACCAAAACCUUUUGAGCAAUCAGUGGGCCACGGAACACGCAGUGAGGAACUAGUUGGAGUUGGAGUUUUGGCCGAGCCAUGGCGACAGCUGCCGUAGUCAGCGUCUCCAUGGGGGUGAUGAAACCCGUCCUGGCCAAGCUCACCACCCUUUUGGGUGAUGAGUACAAGAAGCUCAAGGGCCUGCGCAAGGAGGUAACCUUCCUCCAGCGAGAGCUCAGCGACAUGGACGCUGUCCUUGAGAAGAUGGACGGCGCUGAUGAACUCGAUCCACAAGCCAAGAAAUGGAGGAAAGAUAUAAUAGAGAUGUCUUACAACAUCGAAGACUUCAUUGAUGACUUUAUACAACGUGUUGGUGAAACCAACAACAACAAGAUGGGGAUCCUUCGCAAAGCUUCAAAGUAUCUGAGAACAUUCAAGGACCGUCGCGACCUAGCAAAUCAGUUCCAACAGAUCAAGUCCCAGGUGAUGGAAGCAAGUGAUCGCCGCAAGCGGUACAUGCUUGAUCAGUGCAUCUCAAACGCCACUACAUGCAUCUCAAUUACUACCCCUGUGGCCGUUGAUCCUCGCAUCUCAGCACUCUACAAGGAGUCUGCAAGCCUUGUGGGAAUUGAUGACCAAAAAAGUGAGCUUGUCAAUUGGGCUGUGGACAAAGGGCGGCAACUAAAGAUGAUGGCAAUAGUAGGGUUUGGAGGUUUAGGCAAGACCACACUUGCCAAUGAGGUGUAUCGUGAAGUUGGAGGGAAGUUUGACUGCACGGCAUUUGUGUCCGUUUCUCAAAAGCCAGAAAUGGUAGGGCUAUUCAAUAGCUUGCUGUCGCAACUCGGGCUACGCCCAUAUUCUCAUGCUUGCCAGCUGCAAGAUCCUAUCAAUGACCUCAGAUUACAUCUACAGGAUAAGAGGUACUUCAUCAUUAUUGAUGAUUUAUGGGAUACACGGGGGUGGGACAUCAUUCAAUGUGCUUUCCCAAAAAAUUAUCGGUGUAGCAGAGUUAUGAUAACUACAUGAAAUGAGAAUGUGGCUAGAUCAUGUUGCGGCAACCAUGGAUGCAUUCAUGAUAUGAAGCCCCUAAGUGAGCAAGAUUCAAGAAAACUAUUUUUUGAUAGAAUAUUUGGAUCAGAAGAUGCUUGCCCUUCUUUGCUCAUCAAACCUUCUUGUGAAAUUUUAGAAAGGUGCGGUGGCCUACCGCUCGCAAUUAUUACAAUGGCCAGUAUGUUAGCUUGCCAACCAAUAAGAUUAUUGGAGGGACAGUGGGAACACAUGCAGAAUACACUAGCUAGUAAGUUUGCAACAGACUCCAAAUAUGAAGACAUGAUGCAUAUCUUAGAUCUCAGCUACAAGAAUCUACCCCGGCAUCUGAAGGCAUGCUUUCUAUAUCUUGGUUCUUACCCAGAGGAUCAUUUAAUUAGUAGGCUUGAGCUAGUGAGGCAAUGGGUGGCAGAAGGUUUUGUUAGUACCUCUGGUGGGCAAGAUGUAUGGGAUGUUGCGGAAAGUUAUUUUAAUGAGCUAGUCAAUAGGAGCAUGAUUCAACCUCAAUAUACUGAUUUCGUUACCGGGGUAUCAUUCUGCAAAGUUCAUGAUAUGCUGCUCGAAUUGAUUGUAAGGAGAUGUAAGGAAGAUAAUUUUCUGAGCUUGGUAAAUGAUUCACAAGCAGUGGUAGUAGAAGCUCAAGACAAGGUCAUUCGUCGACUUACCGUUGUUGGCUUGCAAGGUAUAGAUGAUGGCGAAGGGGCUAUCACCAUUGCUGGGAACCUAUCACAAAUUUGCUCUCUAAUGAUAUUGCAAGGAUCAAAUUGGGUGCCUCCCCUGGCAGAGUUUAAAUUUGUCCGGGUGUUAUUCCUUUGUGUUUCUUAUCGGCAUGAGAUGGCAUUGGACCUGACUGUUAUCAACCACUUGUCACAUCUGAAGUAUUUAAAAGUUGAAGGAGAUGAUAAAAGUAUAGUGCUGCCGGGUCAAAUACGAGUUGGCCCACUUUUGGACACUUUAGAUUUAUCCAGGGUCACGUCUAGCAGCAUUUCAUUAGAGAUUGUUGAUGUGCCGCGUUUGUCCCAUCUGGCCGUGCCGAAGCAUUCAAGGUUGCCUGACCGGAUUUGUGAGGUGAAAUCACUGCGCACUCUUCGUGGAUUUAGCCUGCCAAAUGAUUCGUUGGAAAGCAUUGUUGGCCUCAGCGAGCUCACCACACUGUCAGAGUUGUUUCUAUAUUGCCCCGCACCGCUACUGCCCGUGCCGGCGGCAGCAUGGAUGGGUGCUCUGAGUACAUCUCUGGAGAAACUUGGUAGCCUCAAAGACCUAUGUUUGGGGCCUUUUCAAUCUCUUAAACCUAUUGCCCUGUGCGCCGAUGCACUGAGCUUGCUCUCCCCUGCUUUCCACAACCUGGAGAAGCUUCAUCUGCAUUCUGGAUGCACCUUCUCUAGAGUUCCUCGGUGGAUUGGCCAUCUCCACAGCCUCCGUGAGUUGUGGAUUGGGGUGAAGCAGCUACUCCGGGAAGAUGUUGUCCUCAUUGGCACAAGGCUGCCAUCCCUCGCACAGCUCGGCCUACGAGUCGCGGGCGUCCCCUUGGGAAGGAUCGUGAUUGGGGGCUCGACGGGAUUCCCGGCUCUCAAAAGGUUUGUGUUCGACUGUGAUUGGGUGUCUUCCCUGAGAUUUGAGGCAGGGGCUAUGCCUGAGCUCCGGGAGCUGCAGCUAGUCUUUGUUGCAGAUGAAUGGGACAUGGCAGCACCUGGAGGGCUCCAGCAUCUCCCAAGCCUCGAAAAAAUCAGGGCAAUAAGGGCGCAUUACGGUGGCGACUCGCUGAAAUAUAUGUAUAACACAGGUGAGGAGGUGGCUGCCCUGAUCAGGGGCGUGUUCGAAGAGGCUGCUGACGCUGUCCCCACACGCCCCGACUUCACCCUCAGUAUAGGAUCGCUGUGGAGGCCCAGAGAGGAGGAGGACUAAUUCAACUUUGAAGACACGCAGGAUGGAUGGAUUGAAGUACGUACAGUCAGUGUAUUGCAGCUUCAGAGCCUGGAUCUUCACAUUUGGAAUCAUGCUUUGACGCUGCCGAGCUCCUCCACACCCCCUAUCACCCACCCCCUGCUUCAGUUAUCGUCCGCGCCAGCAUACCGUAGUUGGAUUCGGUUAUUCUCCUUGCUCCGUGUAGGCUUAGAGAUGUGCAAGCUGCUGCUGAUUGAUCAGUGCCAUCCUGGCCGAACAGCGAAGAUGACACUCCUACUCUUACAUUAAUUAGUUAUUGCGCGCGCUAAAUUAUAUUGGUUCCAAGAAAGACUGUAGUGUGGUUUGCCUCUCUAGAACUUUUAUGCAUUGCAGCUCAUCAAGGAAGAAGUGCUCCUACGAGUCAGGGCAUGCGGUGCCACCGUUGCAUCCUAGUUUAUCUAUGUUUGACGCUCUUCUUGAGAGAGACGAGUUUGCUUUUAUUUAUGUAAUAACUAUUGUAAGACCUAGCAUUCUUCUUCUUCUUAAAUGAUAUGGCAGUGCUCCUGCCCUAAUUUUCAAAAAAAAAAGAACUUUUAUGCAUGUGUGAUUUAUUUAUGUA